AUGUCGGCACCCAAACCCCAUCCUCGUCGGCGCCCGUGUAGAAGGUCGGCAGUGCCGGCGCUUUUACCUUCAGAUCAGAGUCAAUCCCUCGAGGAAUGUAUUUCACAACCUCGCCGUAUCAAAUUGAAGAAGGGAGCAACCUUCCAUUCGUCAUCCACUCCGGCCAAGGACUCAGAUCCAACCCUCUGCAUCCCAGCUUUACCGCGACGAGCUCCCAGCUGCUUGAGGACGUUUGAGAAAGUCAAAGCGGAUGGCGAAAAACGUGUAGCCGCUCUCCUAGGCAGCGUGGACAGGAAUUUUGCUGGUUCAAACCGCGACAUAUCUCAUAAACAUUCUUCUUUUUCCGAUAAUAGUUUUCCUGUUCCGCGAGGGAUUCUGGACGCCCACAUCGCCAAUACUGAUUCAACAGGUGACCCAGCUCACACUUUCCGAUUUCCCUUCCCAAAUCGACGUUUACCUCCACUCGAUCAAAAGGACUCACGUACUUGUGACAGUGGCAUUGGCUCAUCAGUCAGUGCCCUCUCUCGACGCAAACCUGCCUUUGGUGGAGAUUCAACGCAACACAGAAAAGCUUCUUCCCAGAACGCCAUCACAAGGUCAAUCUCUUUCAAGAGUAAAGUAACAGGGUCAUCAAAACCUACCUUAGAUCCCAAAGCUUUUAGACAUAUUGAGCGUUGCGUGCUCAUCCCUGUUCUGAAUGAAAAAAUUUUAAAGCCAUUCCAUCCACUUGUUAGGAGUGUACCACAACGUGUCAAGCGCAAUGAUAUCACCUGUUUGCGUGAUCUAGAAAAGACUUUGUUGUUUUCAGCACUGAACCAGGAGGUUACAUCGGCUAUAUUUGUCAAGUUCUGCGAGUUUACAGUGCAGUGUAUUCAUACUACUGUUCCUUUUCUCAACGAACGCGACCUCCAACGGCCGUCGGACCGCCCAUACACCAACGGGUAUUUCCUUGAUCUUGUGGAACAAAUCAGGCAAUACGCCGUCCACGUAGAACAAAGCCGGCGAGCACGCGCUGCUGGCGAACGUGACAAGAAUAAAAACCAAACUGACUAUUCAUCGAGCGAGGAGCUUGUCCUUGAGGGCGGACUUAGCAAAACUGGUCGCCCAGCUGAAUUAGUCCGAAAGAAGAAAGGCGCUGCUGCUAUCUCUCUGAAAACAGGAGAACAGUACGUUGAGCCAAAAACAUCAAUGCCAGCCAUGAAACGCUCUCUGAGUGUUGAUUCUGUCGACGAUAGCGUCGUACGAUCUAUGGCGCGUCGGAAGAAAAAUGAGCCUCCCCUGAAUAUUAACAAGAAAUGUGACCACUGCGACAAGAUCUUCAGACGACCUUGUGAUUUAACUAAGCAUGAAAAGACCCAUACCCGGCCCUGGAAGUGCUCCGAGUCCUCUUGUAAGUAUUAUAAAGUUGGAUGGCCGACGGAAAAGGAGCGAGACCGCCAUGUCAAUGAUAAGCACUCCAAAACCCCUGCUCUCUACUGCUGCCAGUUUGCGCCCUGUACAUAUCAGUCAAAGCGCGAAAGCAACUGCAAGCAACACAUGGAGAAGGCCCACGGCUGGGUGUACGUCCGAUCUAAGAAUACCGGAAAACCCGGCCUUCAGCCCGUGAACCUCCCUCCAUCACGGAGUUCCAGUGUUAAUGCCCCUUCCAGUGCGGCCCCAGAAGCAUCCACUCCACAAAGUGUGGAGCCUACACCCCCUUACAUCUCUUCAUCCCAAUCAGAUUUUCGGCCGGAAACAGUGGGCAGUCAGCCUACCCAUGAUAUAAAUGCCAUCUUCGCAGAAGAUUUCCCAUUGUUCCCAGAAACUACAGCUGGCGCGUUUGGUGACAGCGCAGACUCUUUUGCUCGACAAUUUGACUUUGAUGCAUUCCACGCCAGCCUCCGGGCUAGUGAUCCUGAACAGUUUGUCGCCGGAUUGGACCUUGGUCUUCCAGCGAUUCCUAGCCCCGAUGCUCAGGAUGGACUUGGUAUGGAUAUUCAUAGGCGCUUAACUUUCGACCAUCUUGGGGACCGCAUGGACGUUGACCUCGAUUGGGAGGGUUUUGAUGCCUACGAUCCAACGAUGAGCCCGCAAUCGGCCGAAGCGGCGACCAUUGAAUCGUAUUCCAAUGCCUCAUCCGUUGGGAUACCCUCCCCCGAAGAGCCCAAAAUUCCAAGCCUCUCCCCUUGCGGCCAAGGCAACGUCAUGCUCUAUUCCCCAGACUCAGAGCUGCCCGAUGAAGGCUUUUGCGAUCUCUACAAUGUGCAUAAAAAGCCCCCCCGCGAUUUCACAUUAUACGCCAAUGGCGCCCUCGGCCAACCCACAGACUCUCAGUCAUCAGAAUCUUCCAGCUCACUGUUUCAUUCGCUCAGUGCUGUUGGUAGUCAGCACAAUGGCUCUGAUUGGCCAGUAAAUACCGGCGAAGGCGGCUGGGAGUUUGACGAGUAUAUGAAAGGUGCCUAG